GAGAUGAACACUGGUGAGAGAAAAAGGUUGAAUGGAGAAGCAGAAGAAGAUGAUGAUGAUGAUUUGGAUGGGGAAGGCUUUAAUGCAUGGGAGAGAACUUACGCAGAUGAGCGAUCAUGGGAAUCCUUGCAAGAGGAUGAGUCUGGGCUGCUUCGUCCUAUUGACAACAAAGCAAUCUAUCACGCACAGUAUCGGCGGCGGCUUCGUUCCCUUUCCUCAUCUGCCACGACUGCUCGAAUUCAAAAGGGUCUCAUUCGCUACCUCUACAUUGUCAUUGAUCUCUCGCGGGCAGCUGCAGAGAUGGAUAUUCGACCUAGCCGGAUGUUUGUGGUUGCAAGACAUGUCGAGGCUUUUAUUCGGGAGUUUUUUGACCAGAAUCCUCUUAGUCAAAUUGCUCUUGUAACCAUAAAAGACGGCGUUGCUAAUAUGCUAACAGAUCUUGGUGGCAGUCCUGAGUCCCAUAUAAAAGCCUUGAUGGGCAAGCUCGAGUGCUCAGGUGAAUCAUCUUUACAGAAUGCCUUGGAACUUGUGCAUGGAUAUUUAAACCAAAUACCAUCAUAUGGUCAUCGUGAAGUUCUGAUCCUAUAUUCGGCUCUCAGUACUUGUGAUCCUGGGGAUAUAAUGGAGACAAUUCAGAAAUGCAAGAAAUCAAAAAUAAGGUGUUCUGUUAUCGGCCUUUCUGCUGAGAUGUUCAUAUGCAAGCAUCUCUGCCAAGAAACUGGUGGCCUAUACUCUGUUGCAAUGGAUGAGGCCCACCUCAAAGAGCUAAUAUUAGAGCAUGCGCCACCUCCUCCAGCAAUAGCAGAAUAUGCGAUUGCAAACUUGAUCAAAAUGGGUUUCCCACAAAGAGCAGCGGAGGCAUCUAUUUCAAUCUGUUCAUGUCAUAAAGAAGCUAAGGUUGGUGCAGGGUAUACCUGUCCAAGAUGUAAGGCUCGUGUUUGUGAGUUGCCUACAGACUGUUGUAUAUGUGGUUUGACUCUUGUUUCUUCACCCCAUCUGGCAAGAUCAUACCACCAUCUCUUUCCCAUUGCUCCAUUUGAUGAGGUUUCUGUGUCAGAUCUAACUAAUAUGCAUAACAAAUUCCCGAAGAAUUGUUUUGGUUGCCAACAAAGCCUCCUCGCUACAGGGAACAAACCCGGUCCAUGUGUUUCUUGUCGAACAUGCAGACAAUACUUCUGCCUCGACUGUGAUAUUUAUAUUCAUGAAAGUUUGCACAAUUGUCCAGGUUGUGAUAGCAUUAGACGUUCCAAGUCGGUCACCAAUAAUGAAGAAUGACAAACUAUUAAUCCCCAGUGGGUACCAAUUCAAAUAUCCAUCAAUUUUCCUCGUAAGAUCAUCUGUGGAAGGCCUUGAUUAAACUUACGGAGAGAAGAUAGCUUUGUCAAUUUUUGAGAGUUACUUUUCAUUUUUUUCUCAUGGCAAAGAGGCCUUUUUAAUUGAGAACUAGUACAAGGUAAUGAGGCAGUUUUGACAGUCGAAUACUUGAAUUUCUUUUGGGCAACGUAGCAACCAUUGUAUUACAUUCGUCCAAGGGGAAAAGAAGAAAA